UCGUCCACCCGGAUGAACGGGCACUCGUCCACCGUGACACCAGCCGCCUCCAACGGCCCCGCCGCGGCGGCGCGUCCCCUCGUGCUGCGUACAAAGAGCGACUUUGGCCCUCGCCGCGACGACCCCACCGAAGGCGCUGACGACGAGGUUGCCGGCAGCGUUGACGGAGACUUCAAGAUCAGGCACGGCUGGGAGACGCAGCUCACCUCCGAGGAGUACAACAACCUGCUGACUUCUAGUUUCUUCAUGUACUAUACCGACAAGAAGCACGAGACCGGAGGCAAUCCGAGGGAGGAUGAGGACGCCCACCCGCUGCAGGAAUGGCGGAUGCGCGACCGCCUCAAGACUGUCUCCGCAGUGCUGGCCCUGUGCUUGAACAUUGGCGUAGACCCGCCCGACAUCAUCAAGACCAAUCCGUGCGCCAAGGAGGAGUGCUGGAUUGAUCCGACCAAUGUAGCCACGACCAACUCCGGACACACUCCCAUGAACCAGAUCGGCAAGGCUUUGCAGUCGCAGUACGAGCAGCUGAGCAUGCGCACUCGUUACAAGCUGUGCCUGGACCCCACUGCCGACGAGACUCGCCGCUACUGCUCGACACUGCGGAGAAACGCCAGGAACGAGAGGGUCCUCUUCCACUACAACGGCCAUGGAGUUCCCAAGCCAACCUCGUCGGGCGAAAUAUGGGUCUUCAACCGCAACUACACCCAAUACAUCCCCAUAUCUGUCUACGACCUCCAGAGCUGGAUUGGCGCUCCGAGUCUCUUCGUUUACGACUGCUCUGACGCCGGUUUGAUCAUUACAAACUUCAACAAGUUCGCCGAGAAGCAUCAGACCGAGUAUGAGGAAGCGAGACUUCGGGACAGCACCAUAGAGCCGCAAGACUUCAGCGAUUGCAUUCAUCUUGCAGCGUGUCGCGAGAGGGAAACUCUUCCAACAAACCCUGAUCUCCCCGCCGAUGUAUUUACCUCGUGCCUUACUGAUCCCAUCGUCAUGGCCGUCAGGUUCUUCAUCCUUCAAGACCCUCUGCCAAGCAAUAUUUCCAUCCAAGAUGCUUCCGCCAUUCCUGGCCGUGUGUCGGAGCGACGGACGCCUGCUGGAGAGCUCAACUGGAUAUUCACUGCCAUUACCGAUACCAUUGCAUGGAACUCUCUAUCUAAGCCGUUAUUCAAGAAGCUUUUUCGUCAGGAUUUGAUGGUUGCUGCGCUGUUUCGCAACUUCCUUCUUGCACAGCGCAUCAUGAGGGUUUACCACUGCAACCCAGUAUGCCACCCUGAGAUUCCUCAGACUCACGAUCACCCGCUGUGGAAGAGCUGGGAUCUCGCCGUGGAGAUGAUCCUUGCCCAACUCCCCGAUCUGUACGCCGACCAGCGAGGCGAGAAGAAGUAUGAGUACAAGCAUUCAGAGUUCUUCUCUGAGCAAUUGACAGCAUUCGAAGUCUACUUAGGGCAGGGUGCCGUGGAACGCAAAAUUCCCGAGCAAUUGCCCAUCGUCCUCCAGGUUUUACUCAGCCAAGUUCACCGACUACGUGCGCUCAUCCUUCUCUCCAAAUUCUUGGACCUGGGUCCUUGGGCUGUUAGCUUAGCUCUCAGUAUCGGCAUAUUCCCUUACGUUCUCAAGCUACUACAGUCGCAAGCUGUUGAACUCAAACCCGUCAUGGUGUUCAUAUGGGCUCGCAUUUUGGCUGUCGAUCAAUCUUGCCAGGCCGAUCUUCUCAAGGAUAAUGGAUAUGCGUAUUUCAUCAGUAUCCUAGCGCCAUCCUCCGGUAUCCCUAUCGUCAACGCUAGCGAGCACCGAGCAAUGUGUGCCUUCAUCGUGGCCAUGUUCUGCAAAGACUACCAAUCAGGUCAGCGAGUGUCCCUUAGCCCUGAGCUAGUGGAAAGCUGCCUCGAGCAUCUCACCGACAAAGAGAAUCCCUUGCUGAGGCAAUGGUCAUGCUUGUGCUUGGCCAAGCUGUGGGUCGACUACGCCGAUGCCAAAUGGACGGGCAUCCGCUGCCUCGCUCACCAACGGCUGUGCGAGCUUGUGUUGGACCCUGUUUCUGAAGUCAGAGCAGCAAUGCUAUAUGCUCUGACCGCCUUUCUAGGCAUCCCCGAUGUCACGGCCCAAGUCGCUAGCAUUGAGGAAUCGAUCGCGUCUUUGGUUCUUACCAUGACGACCGAUGGCAACAGCAUGGUUCGCAAAGAACUCUUGGUGUUCUUUUCGACCUUUAUUGUCAGAUACAAGGCCAAGUUCAUCGUCGCCGCAUUCGAACAACUCAGUGCCGAGGCUGAAAAGGAACGUACGCAUAGUGCAUCAAAGAAUAAGGACGAGCUUCAUAUGUUGCACUCUCGUGAAGCCCCAGGUGGACUUGACCCUUCUGCAUGUUCCAAGGACACCGUAUUCUCCGCAAUCUGGUUGGAAGUCCUUACGAUGACUGUCGAUCCACACCCCGAAGUCGCUCGGGACGCGAGUAUUGUCGUCGACUAUAUCUUAAUCGCCCUGUUGGAGUCUCCGUUGGGUAGUGUCGCCGUGCCGAAACUCAAUGGGAUCAAGAAGCGGAGCGGACACCGCCGAACUGUCCAUCACAGGCCACGGGAGGUCGUCGCCGAGCCCAAAAUCUCCACACCUCCCACACCCUCUAAAACCGAUGGAUAUCUUUCUCUGAUGGGGAUUAAGCGCACAGCUAGCGUUGCUGCAUCUUUGAAGAACCUCUGGGGUGGGUCGGAGUCGUCCACAGCUCUUACCAAGACGCCUGCUCUUACGAGAGUGUCGACGGAACUAUAUCGCCCUCCGGAGGACAUGGAUCGAUUGAGUACGCCUACCGGCGCUUAUGAUAACUCAACAGAGCCUAAGACACGCGGCUUUGUGCCGCGUGAUAUCGCCUCAGAGGUAAAGCUACCUCUCAAGAGCAAAUUUUACGAAUGGUCUGUCGAGUACUUCCGGGAACCGCAAAUGAAGGCCACUGAGGCGGAUGAGCCUGGAAGUACGGAUUACAACAGUCGAUUGUGGCGUCGUAACCGCAACGACAAGAUCAUCGCCGAGACUCAGCCACUGAAGGACGUUGCGGGCAGCAGUCGUUGGGACAGGCCGAAAGGCUUUUUCAACAACGGCACCCAGCCUAAGAAGAUGUGCUUCCAUCAGUUCGAAGAUCACUUGAUUGUCACCGAUAAUCUCGAUAAUGUCAAUGUAUGGGACUGGCAGCACCAGACCCGUCUCAAUCGCUUUUCGAAUGGCAACCCUCAAGACUCGACGAUCAGUGAGGUUCGGCUCAUCAACGAGGAUGAUCAAGCCUUGCUCAUGACUGGCUCUUCAGAUGGAGUCAUCCGAAUCUUCAGGAAUUACGAUUCAAAGGCAAAAGUAGAGCUGGUGACUGCGUUCCGCGCGCUCACGGAUCUCAUACCGAGCAAUAAGAAUGCCGGGCUUGUCUUCGAUUGGCAGCAAGGCAAAGGGCAGGUGCUUGUUGCUGGUGAUGUCAAAGUCAUUCGAGUAUGGAAUGCUGGCUCCGAGAUUUGCUCAGCCGAUAUACCUGCUCGUUCGGGCUCUUGCAUCACAUCCUUGACAUCUGAUCAAGUCGAGGGGGAAAUUUUCAUUGCCGGCUAUGGCGAUGGUGCCGUUCGCGUCUUUGAUCAGCGUGAGAAGACCACCACUGCCAUGGUGAAAGUAUGGAAGGAGCACAAGAACUGGAUCACCAAUGUCCAAGUCCAGCGCGGUGGACAGCGUGAGCUAGUGAGCGGCUGCCGAAACGGCGAAGUCAAACUCUGGGACAUCCGCAUGGACCAGAGCAUUAAGACCAUCGAAGCCACCAAAGACACUCUACGGACCUUGAGCGUGCACGAACACGCUCCUGUCUUUGCUACUGGCACCGGUCGUCACCGGGUCAAAAUCUUCAACAUCAAUACCGCACUCAAGCUAUCAUCCUUCGAGCCCUACUCCAGCUUCUUGCACCAGAAUCGCAGCGCGGCGAUCAGUACGACUGCGUUCCAUCCGCAUCGCAUGAUGAUUGCUGGCGCUGCGCUGCACGAUACACAUAUCAAUAUCUUUGCGUGCCAGGAAGAGAAGGCUGUGGUCAAGACGUGGGAGGGUUGAAGGGUAGGAAAUCGACUUUCCUCUGCUUUCUUUCUUCUCACCCUUGCCCGUUUUCCUACAGAGGGUUUGUAUACCAGCCCUGAAUUCUUUUGGCGUAUGGACGGUGGCGGCACGAAGCGACAAUCGUCAUUCGGCAUCGGCACGGCAUAGGGUUAGAAGCUUGGGACUUUUUGGCAUGCAUGGGCUUGGAGCGUCGGAUUCGUUUUCUUUCGGACUGACACGUCUGGGCUACAGCCCCUAGGAACGUUUCGAGGGCCGGGAUAUAGUGGUGCUCUAAUUGGGGGGGCGAAGUAAUUGGAGUGAGCGUG